AAAAAAAAAAUUAAAAAAGAAAAAAAAAUCACGAAUGCCACCUGUAAAAGUUGAUAAAAGAGCUAAGAAAAACGAUUUCAUCAGAAGAUUUUACGAGCUCCUUUCCAAAUAUGACCAAAUAGCUUUUUGCACAUUAGAAAACGUAGGAGCAUUAUAACUUUAAAAAAUUAGAAGAUCACUCGGUUAAAAUAACAUUUUAGUUAUCGGAAAAAAUACUGUCAUUAGAAAAGCCAUUCAAAUGAAAUCUUAACCUCUUCCCGAAGGCGAAAAUUACGAUUGGUACAGACAAUUUGGAGCCCCUAAACCUUAAUUAAAAGCAUUAUUAGAAGGAUAACAUUUAAAGUAGAAAAUUGGUUAUAUUUUCCACAAUGAACCUAUAUCUGUUUUGAAACCUAGAAUAGAAUCUUUCGUAGUUCCUGCCCCUGCUAGAGUUGGCACUAUUGCUUAAAAAGACGUAUUUAUUCCUCCAGGUCCCACCAAUAUGGAUCCCUCUUAAAUUAACUUUUUCCAUGCUUUAUAAAUAUCUACAAAAAUCUAAAAAGGUUAAAUUGAAAUUACUAAAGAAGUCCAUGUCUGUGUAAAAGGAAAAAAAAUCGGAAACUCCGAAGUUGCUUUGCUCGAAAAAAUGAACGUCUAACCCUUCUCUUAUGGUAUGAGUGUUUAUCUUGACUACGAUGGUGGAGAUAUCUUAAAUGAAGAAAGUCUUUCUAUUGGAAUCGAUCAAAUCCUUUCUAACUUCUCUUCUGGGCUUAAGAAUCUUGCUGCUAUAUCCUUAGAAAGUGGAUAUGUUACUGAUGUUGCUGUUCCUCACUUAGUUGCUAACGCUUUCAAAAAUCUUGCUGCUAUUGGACUCGAAACUGGAUAUAAAUUCAAGUAAAUUGAAGGAGCUGGAUAAGCACCUGCCCCUGCUGCUGCCGCUGCUAAACCUGCUGCUUAAGCACCUGCUAAAGAACAACCUAAAGUUGAAGAAAAAGAAGCCGAAGAAGAUUAUGAUAUGGGUGAUCUUUUUGGUUGAUAAUGGUUAAUUUUUAAAAAAACAAACAAGAAAAAGAAAAAAUAACAUAGAUAAAUAUAUUUUGUAUGUUUUUGUUGUAUUUUUUUUUUUUUUUAGAUUUUAUUUAAACUAUAAGUAUA